GUUCAGUACGUUUAAACAAAAUGGAACAUUUAAAAGAUACUAUAAUUUUGAAAUUUAACCCAACGACGAUAGAAGAGGUUAGACAGGAACUGAACCUAGAUAAGAAAAGCAUUGAGCAGAUGCUCGAUUAUUUUGAAGAAUGGAUUGCUAAACAGAAUCAUUUUACUAUGAAAAAUUUCAGUCGUCCCUACUUAGAAUCCUCCAUAAUUAAUGCUAAAGGAUCGUUGGAAAGAGCUAAAACUGCUUUAGACAAAUUGUGCACUUGGAAAACUUUAUUGCCAAAAUAUUUUGAAAAACACAACUACAAGGAUGAUGCGAUGGACACAAGUAGUGUUAUUAUGCAUGGGACAUUACCGAAGCUUCUGAAGAACAAUUACAGGGUAUACAUUGUGAGAAUCAUAUCAUCUGAUCUUGGCGCUGAAAUGCUGCUAAACUACGAAAGGGCUAUGAUUUUAAUGAGUGAAUAUGUAAAGCUCCAUGACUACCGGCUGGGUUACGUCAUCGUGAUAGAUUGUAGAAAUAUAAGCAUAGUACAAUUGGUCAGCAAUAUAAAUAUUUUAGAACUGCGUGAAACGUUGUCUAUAUUGGUGGAUGGCUACGCCUGUCGUAUAAGGGACGUGCAUGUAAUAUCGGAGUCUAAAACUGUGGAAGUACUUACAUCACUUCUGAAACAAAUCCUAAGUAACAAAUUAGCUGGAAGGAUCAAUGUGGUGAAGACUGUAGAAGAAUUGUAUAAAUAUGUACCCAAAGAUAUGUUGCCUAAGGACUAUGGAGGAACCGAAGUUACUAUGAAGGAGAUGCAUGAAAACUGGCGUUCGGUGCUGAGUACAGAGGAGAACGUUGAUUUUUUUAAAAUGAUCUGCAAUGCCCGUACUGAGGAGAAACACCGCCUUAUUGAUCAGUAUAAUGACCAGAUACUAGGCAUAGCAGGAUCCUUUAGGACCCUGUCUGUAGACUAGAGGUUUUAGAAGACAUAAUUGAAGAUAGAAUUUCUUAAUGAACCAGAUGAUAACUCAAAAAUAAUUUGUUAUUCAUUUAAACAUAGUUGACUCACAUAAAGACACGAUACCUAUGUAAAAUUGUAAUAGUAAAGCUAUAUUUAAAUCUACAAUACCUAAAGAUGAACGAUUGGAUUGUUCAUUGGAAAUAAACAAUCGCCUAAAAUGAUGGCUCGAUUGGAUUUUUUUUCACAAAUCUAACAUAGCUAGUUAUAUUCCCGUAUUUCUACAAUUUUAGAGACACCUAAUAGUACAGU